AUGAAACUCAUAAUCCUCAUCUCCUUGGCGGUCCUGGCUCUAUCCGCCCCUAUUAGCAAUGAUAAUUCGGUCCCGACCGUCCCGUCUACGAAAGAGAGCGUGGAGAACGGCGCUGCUAGCAUUGAUUCUCAUAGUCCAGCAGACCAGGCCUACAAAGUCAAGGAGUGGGUUUCUGACCGUGCGAAAAGGAAUGAGAACUCCGCAGAUGACACCGCUGCCGACCAGGCAUAUGAAGUCUGCGAUUGGGCUAAUAGCAAGAGGGAUGUGAAUUCUCAAGACGAGACUACUGCUGAUCAGGCGUAUAAAGUGGCAGAGUGGGCAUGCUAG